AUGAGAGACAUGAAAGACGCAGGUGCCUUGGGAGCCAAGACAGCACGAGCCUGCGAUAGCUGCAUAAGCAGAAGAGCAAGGUGGUUCUGUGCAGCUGAUGAUGCUUUUCUCUGCCAUGGUUGCGACACUUUGGUUCAUUCAGCGAACCAAUUAGCUAGCAGACACGAAAGGGUUCGGCUUCAAACUGCGUCCUCUAAGGUAACCACCACAACGCACGCAUGGCACAGUGGAUUCACACGCAAGGCAAGAACCCCACGUCACAACAACAGCAAGCACUUUGCACUGCAACAGCGUCUCAAAGAAGAAGUUCUCUUCUACAACAGCAGUGUUCUUCCCCUGGUGCCAGAGCUUGGAGGGGAAGAACAAGAACCUGUAGCUGUGGAUAGUGAUGAGGCGGAGGAACAGAUGAUAUGUCGCGUGCCUGUGUUGGACGAUUUUGAUGUGAGAACAGAUGACUUGGACAGUUUUUCUGACAUGGAUUUCGCUGAGUUUGCUGCUGAUGUUGAAAACCUACUUGAUAAAGAAGACAAUGAAAUAAGUGCGUGUGUGGGAGGGGAAGUUCAGGGUGCAAUGGCGAAGGUUAAGGAUGAAGAAGAAGUUGAUGGUGAUGUAGCGUGUUAUCUGGAAUCAGUUUUUGACAUGACGAAUGAUGAUGCCUUUCAUUGGAAUAGCAUUGAGUCUGUGCUGUCAGAUGCACGUGAAGAGAAGGAGUGUGUUGCGGCGAGUUAUGGUGCUGUUGAAGAGGAAGGAGGAACAAAGAGAGACAUAUUUUUGAGACUUAACUAUGAUGAGGUUAUUACUGCAUGGUCUAGCCAAGGUUCUUCUCCAUGGACAACUUCACACCCACCUAAGUUCAACUCUGAUUAUGACUUCUGCUUGGGUUUGAGCGGUGUAGAUGGGGAAGUAAGAAGCUUAAGGGGUCACCUAGAUGGGGGAAGAGAAGCAAGAGUGUCGAGGUACAGAGAGAAGAGAAGGACUCGUUUGUUUGCAAAGAAGAUUAGAUACGAAGUAAGGAAGUUGAACGCUGAGAAAAGGCCCAGAAUGAAAGGUCGUUUUGUGAAGAGAACAUGCUUUGUUGGAGCCAAUGCUUUUCCUGCAUACCAAUGA